GGGGGGGAGGAGGGGAGAGGGGGGUGGUGUUUCGCUGAGCCCGCUUGUUGCGCUACUGAGGUGACGAGAAGGGAAAGCGGAGCCAGAAGGGAGUUGGCUUUAAGGGGUUCACUGCCCCGCCGGCUUCUCCUCAGCGCGGACCGGGCGGGUGGCUCCCCCCGUCCCUUCGAGUGGGCGCCAUGCCUCUCUUCGGGAGCACCUUCAGCCCCAAGAAGACGCCGCCCCGCAAAGCCGCCUCGCUGUCCAAUUUGCACCUGAUGGAUAGAUCCACCCGCGAGAUCGAGCUGGGACUGGAGUACGGCAGCCCCGCCAUGAACCUCGCUGGCCAGAGCCUCAAGUUUGAAAACGGCCAGUGGGUGGCAGAGUCAGGGAGCUUCACGGGAGAUCGCAGGGAAAUGCAGCGCUUGCGCAAACGGAACCAGCAGCUGGAGGAGGAGAACAACCUGCUCCGCUUGAAAGUGGAUAUUCUGCUGGACAUGCAGGGAGUACGACAUCACUUCUGCCACUCCAGGCUCUGCCCUAAAUGUGAAGUCGAGUUACAGUCACACUUUCUGGUCACGGAUUAAAGCUCCAGGAUCUUCCCUGUGGUCUCCCAUCUCCUCUGUAUGCAGGCCUCUGGGUGAAGGAAUUCCCAAGCCGUAAAUUCACUGAAACUCAGCCUUACACAACGCUCACAGCUUUCACACUCAAAAUCUGGAGACUUUUUUUCCUGCAAUGGGUUUGUUUAUACAUUCUCAGCACAUUAAAUGACUUCGCCUCUAUGUCAGUCUGAAAAAAAUGCGUUCCUUCAUCAUUUCCUUUCCGUAUGUUCUUCCCAUGUUCUAAAACUGGAAAGCUGCUUCUGCGGCUGGAGCCCUGCGCUCAGCAGAAACUUGAGCUGUUUGCCCCUUGUGCUAGGCUGUCUGAGCGGGGCAUCUCCGCUCCCCUCCCGCUGAAGUGGGAACACACACACACACACACACACUGUCACACGGGUGCUGGCUCAUGGCUGUAAAUUUUUGUGACGUUUCUGGAAAGCGCCUCAUUG